AUGUGUAUUUGUGUCUAUCGGCAUCUCUUUGUCUUGCUAUCUUGCGUUAUCUUUCGAGUAAAUUCUACUGCAUAUAUUUAUGUAAAUUUGCAUUCUUUUCUUUCUUUCUUUCUUUCUUUCUUUCAUCUGUUCAUUAUCUAUCUAUAUAUCUAUCUAUCUAUCUAUCUAUCUAUCUAUCUAUCUAUCUUCACUACACUGUUCAAAUCAAUAUAUCCAUCUACACUUGGCUAUCCAAAUCUAUCUAUCUAUCUAUCUAUCUAUCUAUCUAUCUAUCUAUCUAUCUAUCUAUGUUUCGAUCUAUCUAUAUAUUUAUCUAUUUUCACAUCCUUCUGGAAACAAUCAAAUGCAGCCUUGGGUCAGAGUAACCUUGUCUCAACAGAAUUGUAUCUCAGUUUUUCCACAUAUCUAUCUAUCUAUCUAUCUAUCUAUCUAUCUAUCUAUCUAUCUAUCUAUCUCUUUAUAUAUGGUCGACAUUUUAACUUAAGAACAUUACUGCUUCACAGCAAAUAUUCAUUUGUGGGCUCGUAA